AUGGAUUCAGAAGAAAAAAAUCAUGCCACUGAAGAUGACUUGCCAUCUGACGAGAAGAAGAGAAGAGGUCCAACUCUCAUGUCUGAUAUUAUUCAUGGUAGGUGUAAGGGGGCUCGAAUGGAAGUGACAUAUAACAAAAAGGGGCAACCAAUUGGUCUUGGAGGGAAGAGGCUAGCUACUUUUAUUGGGGUAAUGGCUCGAACUACUAUCCCAAUCACAUAUGAGACUUGGCCAGCAGUGAAGAAUUCACUUAAAGAAAUGAUAUGGAGCAUGGUUCAGAAAUCAUUCAUUGUGGAUCCAAGAAGCAAGAAAGAUGUCUUGAGUAGUGCAAGAAGGAAAUGGAAAUCAUUCAAGAGCACUUUAACUACAAAAUAUAUAUUGAAGUAUAAAGAUCGGCGACCUGAAGAAUAUGAGUUUAUUACUCAACCUGAGUGGGAAGCUUUUGUGAAGUCUCGAUUAACUCCGGAAUUUUUGGAAAUUCAUGAGGACCACUCAAAGAGACUAGCUUUGCAUGAGUAUGAUCAUCGAAUGUCUAGGAAAGGCUAUGCUAAUUUGGAAGAGAAACUAGUAAGCAGAUUUUUGAAAAUGGAGUUAGGGACUGAAGCCGAUAUUGAUAGAGCCAUCUUAUGGAAGAAAGGGCGUGUCUAUAAAGAUGGUAACUAUUUGAGUGAGACAACCAAACAACGUGUUGAGAAAAUUGAUGCUUUAACGAAAGAUGUGAGGGAGGGAAUUGUGUCCGCUGUUAGUAGAAACGACAUUUUGACUCAAGCUUUGGAGACACCUGAGCAAUCGGGCAGUGUAAGAGGUGCUGGACAAUUUGUUACACAUAAGGUGUACUUUAAUACAUCUAGAUAUAAGCCUGCAACCAAGACACAAUUGUUGGAACAGCAGUUGGAAUUGAUAAAAAACCAGAUCAACAUGUUUACUUUAUUAUUGGAUCCCGAGAAGUUGGAUCCAGUUAAACUAAACAUGAUGCGAGACAUGUUCAGAUCUAAUAAUGGAUCUGAAAAAGCUAGUUGCUCCGUCGACAAGGAGAAAAAUAAGUCUUCUAAGGAGGAGGUAUCUAAGGUGGCAUCGGAGAAAGAAAAUGAGAAAAAAGCUACUGCCAAAAAGGUUCAAAAAAUGGAUGAUACUCCACCUCCAAUUGACAGCAGUAGAGAGAGCAAGAAGGCAAAACAAUUGUAUAAAGGGGGACUGAUGAUGAGGCAGAGAGGAGCAUUGGAAGAUGACAAUGUGAUAACUUCAACAGAGAAAGCAUAUAUUCCUAUUGAGACAACAAAUGUUGUAAAAAAGGGGAAAAAAUGCAAGCUAGUAGUAGACACCAAAGAUAACAUUGUUGCAAUGGGAACUGUAAUAAUGUUGGAUGGGCCGAUACAUGGAGUGCCACUAGGAGCAGAAAAUAUACGUAUCUCAGUUGAUGUGCCCAUCAAGGAAGAUGCUAAACUCCCCAUCCCAAAUGUGUCAGCUGAAAUUUUUACAGUAAAGCAAGCUACCGGUACUCAUGCCGCUUGGCCUCGACAUCAUGUUUUAAUGUCACAUGAAGAGGUAUAUAAUUUAGAACUCAAUGAGCACUUGGAAGUAUUCGAGUAA